AUGGCCAUGGUGGACAGCUGUGGCAAUGCGUGCGACUCGUGGUCACUUUGUGGAAAGUGGCCAUUACCUGGAGCGCUGUGGCCAAAACCUGGAUUGCGGCCAGGAUUGUGUCAAGAACCAACGUCGAAUUGUACCCGAAAAGAAUUCCUGGAGAGCCUAGAUCUCUUGCCUCUCGAAGAGCAAAGCAAACCACUCUGGCUCUAUUUUUCAGGUGAUUCCACAGGGCGACAGCUGUGCGUAGCCUUUAUGAAGCAUGUUGCGGGGAUCAACCUUGGCACUUUUACAGAGGUCAAGGAAAAAGUCGCCAAGUGCGACAAAACGCCACAACCGGAUGAGGCUUUCAAGAGAUUUGUGAAUGCACAAGCGUGGCAAAUAGCCAAAUAUCGCGUCGGGUGGAAUCAAAGUCAGGUCAAUUGCAAUUGGAACGCAACCUUCGGCCAAAAACCAGUGCGCUUCACCCUUGACUGGCGUCGCUUCCUCAAUGAUCCCACAAAUGAUUUACAUUUGUUGGAAGCAGUGGCAGAAGCAGGACGAUGGCCUACAGCUUGGGUGGUGACUUCUGGUGUGCAUGAUUGCGAAUAUCUGCGACGGAACGUGACGUGGCAGACUUCCUCCGUGCAGAACUUUUUCCGAUUCUUAAACCAGCACCCCAUCUUGAAGAGCCGCACGGUGAUCGUGGGAAUGGAGUACAUGGUGGACAGCAGAGAGCAGGGAAAGGGACGACGGUUCAGCAACUACAGUUCUUCCGAGUUAUCUUUGCACAACUGUUCGCGGAGACUUCACAAGCUGAUGCUACUAGGAGCUCGAGAACAUGGAGUUUAUAUGAUCCCGCGCUGGAAAGUGACACGGGACUAUGAGGAGAGAAACGGAUAUGAUAUACAUUAUCCGGAGCCAGUCAUUCUAAACGAAUUGCCAUCACUGCUCACUGGUCUUUCCUGCAUGGCCAAAAGCAAGCAGCGGCAGCGGCAACAUGUUCCGACCUCGUCCUUGAAUACUGCACCUCCGCACGAGACCCCAGUGCUGCUUUUGCACUUGAUGAUGUGUGUCGGAGCAGUGACCGCUGCCAAGCUGGUGUUCCGACACCGCAAGAGGUUUCAGCAGAAAGGAGUUCGGGGAGUGGAAGGCACUGAAGCUCGUGGUCCUCGAGAGGUUGAAGAUGCCCAUUCUAACGAAAAAGGCGGUCAGUCGUUGGAAAUAGAACCGUCUGAAAUAGAACCGUUUGGUCCGAUUUAG